AUGUCCCUACUGGCACCCGCUGGCGCAGCUGCGGCCGCUGCAGCUAACAAAGAUGAGGAAAUUACUGUACCAAAAUCUGACAGUUUCUUCGAAUCGAAAACAUUCCGCUUGAUCUCCUUGAUGCUUUACAUGGGCGGCAUUAGUGGUUUGGGCAUGACAUUAGCCAUGUAUUACUUAUUUAUUUGGGAUUCACGCAUGCCACCGUUGCCGGAGUAUAAGCACGCGCAUCAUGUGGGCUAGGAGAAACGGAGAGGGAGAGCGGG